GCAGAAUACCUCGAAAUGACUGAAAAUUAUGGUGAAGGAAAUCUUGUUUCGCAGACAGAAGCUUUUCUGAAUGAAGUUUUUAGUACUUGGCCAGACUCCAUAAAAGCCCUUGAAACAUGUGAGGAAGUGCUACCUUUCGCCGAAGACCUGCAUGUUGUUUCAAGGUGUAUUGAUUCCUUGGCAAUGAAGGCUUGUUCGGAUCCAAGCUUAUUCAAGUGGCCAGUGGGAGGACGUAAAAGCCAAGACAAUGCAAUGGCGAACGGAAUUUCCACUGAGAUAAAGCCACAACCUCAAGGUGAUAAUUGGUGGUAUUAUGAUGUGUCUUUGUUAAGCCUGCCCUUGUUUAAACGACUGAUUUUAGCCAUUGAAUCGAAAGGUAUGAAACCUGAAAGUGUCGCAGGAUGUCUCAUAUAUUACCUUAGGAGGUUUCUCCCCUUGAUGAAUAGGCAAUCAAGUUUCAAGGAUAAAUCACAUGCAACCAUUCCCACAACCUCUGAAGCAGAUCAAAGAGCUCUGUUGGAAGAAAUUGUGGAGUUGCUUCCAAACAAGAGGGGGGUCACAUCCUCCAAACAUCUGCUUAGGUUGCUCAGAACAGCCAUGAUAUUGCGUGCAAGUCCAUCCUGCAAGGAAAAUUUGGAGAAAAGGGUAGGAGCUCAACUAGACCAGGCUGUGCUCGUCGAUCUUCUCAUUCCAAAUAUGGGAUACUCAGUUGAAACCCUCUAUGAUGUAGAUUGCAUUCAUAGGAUUCUUGAUCACUUUAUGUCUAUAUACCUCCCUGCAUCUGUAACAGCUUCCCCACUAAUACUCGAAGAGGGAACAUUGAUAGCUGCGAAUGAUCCAUUGACGUCGAUGACAAUGGUGGCAAGCUUGUUAGAUGGAUAUCUUGCUGAGGUGGCUUCAGAUGCUAAUUUGAGCUUGUCUAAGUUCCAGGCACUUGCUGUUGCAGUUCCGGAUUAUUCUAGGCCGCUUGAUGAUGGUAUAUAUCAUGCAGUAGAUAUUUACCUUAAGGCACAUCCGUGGCUGACAGAUACUGAAAGAGAGCAACUUUGCAGACUGAUGAACUGCCAAAAACUCUCAAUUGAAGCAAGCACUCAUGCAGCGCAAAAUGAAAGAUUACCUCUCCGUGUAAUUGUUCAAGUCCUGUUCUUCGAACAGCUUCGGCUUCGCACGUCAAUAUCCGGCUGGUUCUUUGUUUCUGACAAUCUUGCAAACUCACAAGACCAAAGUGGAAAUCUCGGCCUCCAUAGGAGUGAUAGUAAUCAUCAACUGGACUCUGCAGGGGGAACAGACAACGUGAGAGAACGUCUUUUGCAGAUCGAGAAGGAAUGCUCAGAAAUUCGAAAUGAGCUGCAGAAGUUGACAAAGACAAAGAGAAGUUGGAACAUUUUCUCUAGAAGGUUUGGCUUUAGGAGAAAAACAGAUUCUAGCAGUUCAAAAGAAUCAAAUAGCACUAACGCAAAGACACAAUCGUCCACUGUAAAUGGAAAACCAAAUCGGGAAAGUAGUUGAUCGUCAUCAUUGAUGUCCAAG